UAUCUCAAUUCGAAAAGUGCAUUAGUUAUUUCUUGCUAUAAAGGGCGUUCUAACUAGAAAUCGCAACGAUUUCGAGAUAGCUGUCAAACAUGACUUUUUUAAUAUGAAAGUAACGCUACAAACGAAGAAAUUUGCUCGUAAUAUCAGAGAAAGUGAGAACAAAAAUAAUACAAAUUUUUAUACCUUUCAAAGUAUCAUGUUCUUUACGGACGCGUGAAACAUUUCAUACAAGUAUUUUACAGACAACCUUAUAACCUUUUGACACAUUAUGGCUAAUCCGGGCGACUAUAUUUCAUGUGGAGGUUUUGCAUUUUAUAAUAACUUUGAUUCAGCCAAUUUAUCAAGGGUUGAACUAGUAAAAGAGCCAGAAAUAUUGGAAAAGGAUGGAUGUGAAUCAGAAAAUAAAUCAUGCAAAAGCUCAAAUUCAGAAGAUACAGCAGAUUAUGAGUUUAACUUGUGGACAAAACAUGAUUGUCAUGGAACACAGUUUCAAAACAAUAAUAGAACAUGGUUUUAUUUUGGUGUUAAAGCUAGUACUCCAGGAGCAUGUGUUAAAUUUAAUAUAGUAAACCUGAAUAAACAAGUUAAAAUGUUCAGUCAAGGAAUGUGUCCAGUUUUUAAAAUUGUACCUGGUCAUCUACAUUGGGAACGAAUUCGUGAUAGACCUACCUACACUCUGGAUCAGAAAGGAAGUGAUUUUACAUUAUCAUUUACUUAUGCUAUUCCUGAAAAUCCUAAAGCCAUGACAUAUUUUGCAUUCACUUAUCCUUUCUCUUAUAAUGAUCUACAAAAUUAUUUAAGAAGAGUUGAAGCAAGAGUAUCAAAGAGAGCUAUAACAUCUGCAGAUGAUGUUUAUUAUCAUAGAGAAUGUGCAAUAAAAUCACUGGAGGGAAGAAGAAUGGAUUUAAUAACGAUAAGUUCAUUUCAUAACAUAUCUACAGAGAGAGAAGAUAGACUGAAUAAUAUGUUUCCUGACAAAAAUGAGGAAAGACCUUUUAAAUUUUGGGAUAAAAAAGUAAUUUUUAUUAGUGCAAGGGUCCAUCCAGGAGAAACACCAUCUAGUUUUGUUUUUAAUGGUUUCCUUAACUUCCUUGUAAAUCGCGAGGAUCAAAUUGCAGCUCAUCUCCGCCGCCUGUACGUGUUCAAAUUGAUACCUAUGCUCAAUCCUGAUGGUGUAGCCAGAGGUCACUAUCGAAUGGAUACCAGAGGAGUAAAUCUUAAUAGGGUUUAUCUUAAUCCUUCUUUAAAGGAUCAUCCAACCAUAUAUGCUGCAAGAACAUUGAUUAGGUAUUAUCAUUACUCAUACCAGCUACCAAAAGAGGAUGAAACAUCAAAUAUGUGUUUAGGAAAUGGUGAAAAUACUUUAACUAUUAUUGAUUCUUCUUGUGCAAUUGCAAAUAUAGUCCGCGAUACAACGACGAGAUUACUUCAACAGGUAACACUUAUGACCUUAGAUGAGAAACAUAAAGAUCAACCGGAAAUUUUUCAGGAAUGCGCGUUACCAAAAACGAAUUUGGAUGACAUGCCUCAGGGUGGUGGAGAAGGCCUGUGUAAUAAAGCAGAAGAAAGUAAUAAUUCUGUAGAACUUAAAUCUGAUAAAAAAACUUAUACUGCUGUUGGCAUAGGACAAUUACCAAAAGAGGAUUCUGGUUUAUACCUAUACAUUGAUUUUCAUGGUCAUGCUUCGAAGAAGGGUGUUUUCAUGUACGGAAAUUAUUUCGAUAACGUAGAGGAUACAAUAAUGUGUAUGCUUCUACCAAAAUUGAUGUCGAUUAACAAUCCAAACUUCCAUUUUUCUUCGUGCAAUUUUACAGAAAGAAAUAUGUAUAUAAUAGAUAAAAAAGAUGGUAUGUCAAGGGAAGGAUCAGGUCGUGUAGCUGUAUAUAAACUAACUGGGCUUAUACGUAGUUAUACACUCGAAUGUAACUACAAUUCUGGACGUAUUGUAAACACAAUACCUGCAAGAGUUCGUGAUGGUGUAAACAAACCUGUAACUUCUAUGUUUGUUCCACCAAAAUACACCCCAGCGGUUUUCGAAGCGGUUGGAGCAGCAUUAGGCCCUUCUAUUCUUGACCUUACAAAUAAUAAUCCUAAUAGUCGACUGCCAAAUAGCCAAUACCGCUCUUUGAGGGGUGUAAGAUCAUGUUUAAAAUUAGCAUAUGUGAACAGUCUUUCUUCGCCAAACGGCAAAACUCUGCAUAAGGAUGAUAAUAAUAUCAUACCCUCAGAUUCAUAUAAUUUAAAAGACAUUGAAUCUCAAAUAAGCAACUCUUCUGGGUCAAAGAACUCGUUGAAGAGUGACACAAGUCUCGUUAAAAAACCAUGCAUCAUUCGUCGUACCACGUCUCUUUAUACCGCAGUAAAAAGAAUAAAAAAUAAUAAAAAACCUCGACAAACCUUAACCCGUAGACCGUUAAAAAGUCAAUGUGUCAGUAAUAUUGAGAACGGCUCAAAACUUCCAAUAAUUGGGCCAAAGAACGUCGUAAAAUCAUUUUUAAAGUCUUCCGAAAAUCGUUUGAAAAAUUCCUGCUUCGGAUGUAUCAACGAUUCUUCGGAAGUACAAAUAAGGGAUAUUCAGUAUGUAAAUAAAAAACUAGUGACGACAAAUAAGUUAUCGAAAAUGGCGUUGUCUUCCGAAGAAACAGCAAUCGUGAAACACGGAGCGAAGAGAUUGAAAAUUGUUUCCACGAGAAUGAAUAAAGGGCGGCCGGAAGUUGGAGAGUCAUCUAACAACUCACCGGAGGCAACAAAAUCACUCUCGAAAACAAUACUCUUGUCUAAUAAGCCAAAUGCAAGAGGAACUUCAAAAGCAAUUAAAAAGCAUUGUCAUAAAAUAGAACAAAACAAAUCGAAGUCUUCCAAGUCGAAAAAGUCAGUAGAGAUAGUAUAGUUAAUCGAAGACUUACCGAAUA